UUUUGCGCUGCGUUGCGUUCCGGCCGGUAACAAAAACAAACGCGAGCGAGACCCCUGCUGCCUCAAGACCUCCUCCUCCGCCCCGCCUCCCUCCUCCUGCUCGGCCCGUCGUCCACGCCGAGGGAGCCGUCGGGCAUGGCGGCCACGGCAGAUCCGCGGGCGAAGCCGCCGGCCGCGCCCUCCACGCACCACCUCGAGCCGUGGGCGCGCCCGCAGCAGCAGCCGCCUCGACCCCACCGCGUCGAGUCGCCCUCGGGGGGUGCGUCGGGCGCCCGCGAUCGCCGCCGCUCGUCGUCUCACUCCCACCGCGGGGCCGACGCCGCCGGCGACGACGGCGGGAUCGAGGGGCUCCGGGUGAAGCUCAUGGGCCACCUGCGCGACGCGGCCGACCGGCUUCGCGUGCCCCAGAAAAGUCCUCCCCUGCCCCCGCCGCCCCCACCGGCCAAGCCGAAGGAGCCCCAGCCAGAGCGCAUGGCGCCGCCUCCACCUCCCACGGAAGAGCCGCAGCCUCCUCAGGCGGACGUGGCGGACAAGCCGUGGAAGCUGCGGGAGCGCACGCGGCGGCGGCCGGCCGCGCUGUCGUCGUCAUGGCCGGCGGCGCCGGCUCCGCCGUCGAGGCGGCGCAAGCGCGCCCCUUUCUCCGUCUCCCUGUCGCCGGAGGAGAUCGAGGAGGACAUCUACGCGCUGACGGGCGGCCGGCCGCGGCGGCGGCCGAGGAAGCGGCCGCGCGCCGUACAGCGGCAGCUCGAUUCGCUCUUCCCCGGGCUCUGGCUGGCCGAGGUCACCGCCGACGACUACAAGGUGCCCGACGACGAGUAGCCGAGCUCGCUCCCUCCCGCCGGCGACGGCGACGUGCCGGCACCGCUUCCGACGGACCCGCGUCGCAGGUAGCCCGAAUUCAUAGCAAGUUGGAGUAGCUAGGCGUAGACGCGUGGUCGCGUGGAGCGAGCCGGUCAUGUACUCGUGUUCACCAGUUAUUAUCAAGUUUACAACAAGGAAAAACUCCAGCUACUGACUUUCCUUGUCACAUGCUGUUUCUGCU